AUGACCCGGUUCGUCUACUCGAAUGCGGAAAGACUGAAAAUCCUGAGGGACACAGAUCACCUGAGUGUCAACGACGCUGCUAGCGCAGCUGAUGUCACCACCUUCACCAUAAGAUAUUGGAGGCGGAACAGAGCAAAGUAUCUUGCGCGGCCGCCGGAGGAAAGGCGUUGCGUUGAGGUGGUGCCAUUAGCCCAGUUUGAGCAGGCACUCGUUGAAGAGCUCGGAAUUCGUGACGGUGUAUCAGCACGGUAUUCUCGGCAGGAACUCAGCCGGUAA